AUGACCCAAAAUUCGUAUUUAGAGCAGACGAAAGAAAACGAUACAAAUGCUACCGGACCAGGUACGAAAACCGGUGAAAUCGAUUUUGAUAUUAACUGCGAAUCGAAUACGUUCAUCACUUAUGAUUGUAACAUAUGCUACUGCAACAAAACGGGGAAGCUGGACCCGAAAUGGUGUACAUACGAUGAUUGCGAAACAAAAAAAAACUUACAGGAAUCCCAGAAAACGAAACCAGCACAUUUAGAACCAAACGAUUAUAGCUGCAACAAAAGCGGUAACUUAAGUCUGGAAUCGUGUACAGCCCACAAUGGCUCUAAUAUAACAACUGCUCAAGAUUUCGGUGUUCACGACCCGUCAUUGCCUUCACCGAACGCAACCUGUGAGCCUGGUAGCCUAACAAAAGUGAGAUGCAACUUGUGUAUUUGUCCGAAGAGUGGGCUAGAAAUAGAUCGGGUCUGCACAAACAAUAAUUGCUCGGAAAACAUCGAAGAAACCGCAAAAGCGAAUAACUAUGAUGAAAUACAUUGUGAACCGCUCGCUUACUACACGGUCGAUUGUAACGUUUGUUUUUGCCCUAAAGAGGGUAUAAAGAAUUUGGCUAAAUGCACGAAUAACAUAUGCGAGAAACGCUACCUUCGAUCUUCAAGCUGCAAUCCAGGGGAACUGUUUAGUGAGAGCUGCAAUAUAUGCAUAUGCCCAAGAAAUGGUGAUUUGCUUGGACGAGUCUGUACGGAUCGAGAUUGUAAUGAUCAUGUGGCCCGAUCGAUGCUGUUCCAACUGUCCCAGGGUUUGUUACCGGAACUUAAUGAGACCCACUCCUUGGAUAUCUGCUUCCCGGGCGAAGAGUUCGUUGUGGGUUGCAAUUUGUGCGUGUGUCCCGAUAUGGGAUUGAGGGCUUAUUCGAUUUGCACGCCGAUGUUUUGUGAUGAGAGGAAUCAUGCUAUUCAGGUAUCUUCUACUUUUAACUGUUCUAUAAGUAAAACAAAGUUGUCGCUUGAAUAA